UAAACGACGGGUUUCUGUUUUCACUUUCCCUAUUUUUUUUUCUUUUUUUAUUUCUCCGUUUCCCCCAUCACUCUCCAUCCUCUCCUCCUCUUCCUCUCCAACCUCCACCCCAGUGGCGAUGGAUCCAAACCCUAACUCCUUCCCGAUCCUCUCCUACGUCCUCUCGCGCCUCCCCCCCACCCUCUCCUUCAAGAUCCCCUCCAAACCCUCGCCCUCGCCCUCUCCCUCCUCCUUCGACAUCGAGCAACCCCCACCGAUCGCCGCCUCCGCCGCCGAUGAGGUGGAGCUGGUGGAGCGCAUGCCCCACCUCAGGGACCCCGCGGUCCUCGCCGCCAUGUCCGCCGCCGUCGCGGAGGUCGCCCAGGUCCGCGCCGUCCUCCGCACCCUCGGCGACCGACCCGACCACGAGGCCGUCGACGCCGCGCGCGCGCGCAUCGCCGAGGCCGAGGCCGCGCCCCGGCUCGACGAGGAGGAGGACGCGCGCGCGCCGCGCUCCGAGGGGGCGGAGCGGGAGCUGGUGGGGUGGCGCGCCGUGGUGCAGCUCGAGGACAUGCAUGCGGCGUACGAGGUGCUGCUGAGGGACGCCGAGGCGCGGCUCGACAUGAUUUACCGCGCCGCGGCCGAGGGCAAGAGCGUCGAGGACGGCGAUCGCGUGCGCGGCGGCGGAGCGGAGGGGGAGGAGGAGCAGGUGAACGAGGAGGUCGUCGGGAUCUUGCAGGGAGCGGUGGGGAAGUGCGUGGAGAGGGUGGAUCUCUCGGAUCGUCAGCUGCGGCACCUUCCAGAAGCAUUUGGAAAGCUCCGGGGCCUGGUCUAUCUUAAUGUCUCCAACAAUCAGCUAGAGGUUAUACCAGAUGCCAUAGGAGGGUUAGACUGUCUAGAGGAACUCCGCCUCUCUUCAAAUCUUUUGGUCUCAUUGCCUGAUUCUAUUGGACUGCUGUCCAAUUUGAAAAUUUUAGAUGUGUCCGGUAACAGGCUCAAGUCACUGCCAGAUAGUAUUUCAAAAUGCAGGUCAUUGGUUGAGCUGGAUGCUAGUUACAAUGAUCUCACAUAUCUUCCCACCAACAUCGGCUACGAGCUGGCUAAUCUGCAAAAGCUAUGCGUGCAUCUGAAUAAGCUGCGAUCUCUUCCCACAUCCGUCUGCGAGAUGAGGUCGCUUCGCCAUCUGGAUGCCCACUUCAACGAGCUCCGUGGCCUGCCAUAUGCGUUUGGGAAGUUGAUAAAUCUUGAAACACUAAACUUGAGCAGUAACUUCAGCGACCUACAGGAGCUUCCCACCACGUUUGGCGACCUGAUCAGUCUCAGGGAGCUCGACCUCAGCAACAACCAGAUCCACGCUCUGCCUGAUACAUUCGGCCUGCUCGAAAAGCUGGAGAAGCUCAACUUGGACCAGAAUCCUUUGGCUAUUCCGCCAAUGGACGUCGUGAACAAUGGGCUGGGCGCAGUCAUGGAGUACAUGAAAAGGCGAUGGGCUGAGAUUUUGUUGGAAAAUGAACAGAGGAGCAUGGCUGAAGAAAAUGCACAAUCCCCGGCUGGUUGGCUUACGCGCAGCACCUCGUGGUUGAAUAACUUUGUCACUGAUGUUUCCGGAAGUCUCUCUGGAUACUUAGGAGCUGGCGGAGAGAAGCCCCCUAAGGAUCCAUAUCUUGAUCAGCAGCUGUGAGUUGUUUAUCGAUGUUGCUCUUUUGGCAUUAUGAUAUCCUUAUUCUCUCGAUUCUGUACAGUUUUUGAUUGCGCGCGUAGUGCAGAAACUAGUUCUGAGUUACUAGAGAAUUUGGCAUCUCACUUCAGAAUGGACUGUUAUAUCCCACGCCUUUUUCCCAAUAAGUGGGGAAGAAAACCAGUAGGCAGCCCACAAAGUAUCUCGUCUGUGCGAUACUCUUCUGAAACAGUCUUUUGUCGCUGUUGUUUCUAUUGAUCUGUGUGUUUGCUAAUGAAAAGAUCUGUAUAGAGGAAAGAAAA